GGUGUUUGGUUGACGAACUGGGAUGGAUGUGGCCGUGGGUCAAUGUUCUAGCUGGUGACUAUGACGGACAGCUUUAACAGCUUACUGCCGACCUUGGCGAUGGCCGAGCUGAAAGGUAAUACGAAAAGAGGCGAGCUCACGAGCCUGAAGGGGUGGAGGCGAGCUGAUAUCCUUAGCCGCACUAGUAUCUCUGAGAUCUCUGAGGAGAUACGGUUGAUCUCCCCAUAUCCCUCUGUCUUCCCCGUCAUAAAUGCUGGCUCAGCAUUUGAGGGACCAGAACAUUCCAGUGUGAGGAACCAAGCAUCAGACCAUACACCAGACCACUAUUUUCAGGUAAAAUGGAUUCUGUUAGAGGAUUUACAGAGCUAUGAGGACUCGCCGGAAACAAUGGCGUCUGAGGGAAGCGCUAGUUCGAGCGCUAGGGAUGACGGUGGCGACCAUCCUACUGCGUUGUCUAGCAGCUCGUCCACUGAAGAGACACCCAACCGUGAAGAAGGGAUGGGGGAUGUGGUGAGCAGUGUCUCAGAUCAGCUGGUGGUGGGGGAAUGGGAAGGCGUGACAAUCCCUGGCAGGUUGAGUAACUUACGAAAAGCACCGAAGGACCUACCCGUUGGAUUCAAGUUCAAGGCUGCACUUCAUCACGAAGUAGCAGAUUGUGUGCCCUCCAUAAGUGGGUAUAAAAGACUCGAGGAGAUGGUGAGGGCGUACCACAUCCCCAAGACCAUAUUGCUCCGAACUGGCAGGCAGAACGAAAGGGCGUGCACAGUGUCGCAAACGGGCUGGAUACCAAUAUACGUGGACCACUUUGACGCCGGCCUGCGGUUUCCCCUGCUCGGAUUGAUAUUCGAUCUGCUCACGGAUUACGAGCUGGCGUUGACGCAGCUAACGCCCAACAGCAUAAGGUUCAUCAUAGGCUUUAUGCUGUUGUGCACGAAAUUAGAGGUACCAGCCAAAGCGAUAGUAUUCAGGUCGCUGUUCCAAUGUCAGCUGUGCCUGAACUCCAAAGGUGCCAAGUGGUACUAUCUCUCUGGGAGGGAGAAGAGCCAGCUCUUCAGAAAUGUGAGGAACAAGGUGGCGAGGUGGAAAAGACAGUUUAUUUUCGUUCGCGACACGCGAGCAGAAAGGAUAAGCAACGACCUCGCUGCCUGGCUAUCAGAAUGGCACACGCCAAAUGCCCAUAUCAACUACCCUCAGCUGCUGCCCCGGGAUGUAGAUCUAAAGAACCAGCUACUUGAGUAUGCGAAGAGGGAGAGUCUAAUAGAUCUAGAAGCCCUAGUUACCUUGGAGCAGCCCGCCGUGUUCGGGUUUGUCGAUGUGACAAACCUAUUCAGCGAAGGUGAAAUGAGCAGCAUACUGGAAUGCCAGCGUCAGCGAGCCCAUAGCUCACGAGGCCGUGGGGCGAGCAGCACCUCCUCGGCAUCUAGGCCGCGGGCUGAGCAUAGGGUCGACGCGGCAGCUCCCAGUGCACGUAGGCAUGCACGUGAAGAGACGGAGAGAGAAGAGGAUGAGGUCCCCCUCGCACGGCGUAGAACAAGGGGGGGGACUCAGCCCGCGCAGGCGGCUCGUCCUGCAACCGUGCGUUCACCCAACGCACCGUCAGCGACUACGCGGGCAGCAAUAGAGCCCGCCUCUGCAUUGGCCUCGAUGUCGAGCCCCAAGAUUGCUUAUCCUAAGGGCUUCAGCUAUGUGCGGGUGGAGUGCCAGCCCGCCAUGGUGCAAGGCAUGCACAGCUUUGUGCCCCCUGCCGAUAGUAAGCGGGCAAAAGCUUUUGUGCAGCAGCAUGGCGGCCAGGUCGCCAUGAUAAAACUGAUGGAUGCGUUCAGCUACGCAGUAGUGCUGUUCGAGAGCGAGCAGGGGGCUCGUACACAGAACAGCAAGCUCAACGCGAACUACAAACAACUGGCUGCUGAGAAGGCUAGCCUCGUGGAUGACGUCAACCGUCUACAAGGCUCUGAAAUGGCCAACCGAGUAGCCGCAGCGGAGAGUCAAGCAGAAGAGCUCGUAAAUAGGAUCAAUGAGCUCAAGGAGGAGCUAGAGCGAGCCCGUGCUGAGAGAGAAAGUGGGAUUCAAGCGGCGAAGGAUGAGGCCGCCCGGGUCGCUGAGGCUGACAAGAACCUCAGCGCUACCAAAGAGGCGCUGAACGAAUUGAAGGCAUCUCAUGUGCGCUCCGUCGGUAUUGCCCGAGCCCAAAGAGCAGAAUGGCUGGUCGGCUCGUCCACGUUCCAAGACGCAGUGGCGGUGGCAUCUGCUAACAUGACCACGGAGAUCUACAACGAGAUCCAUGGUAAGGUGUUGCACCACCGCCUUGACUUCCCCAUCCACAAGCUGGCGUUCUUCGAUGGGGAAGAUAUUGACGAGCAGGUUUUAGAAGAAGGGGAGGGCCCAGUGGGGCUGCCUUCCUUUGACGGAUGGGUAGAAGGGGCUCCUGUUGCUGAGCAGGAGCCAUCCAGCACUCCACCAGACUCUCAGCCCGCCGUGGUGCCAGCUCGAUCUCCCGUUAUGGCACCAGCUUCUGAGGUCGCUGCUCGCUCGCCACCAAAUCGCUCAUCUUCGCCUAUAGCUGACGCAUCCAUGCCCGUCGAUUUAACGGAUGACUAGGCUUAAGACUUUUUUCUUUUGUUCCUUUGUAUUUUCUUUUGAUUACUUGUAUUGAUCAAUGACAUUAUAUGUCAUGUACUUCAACUGUAAAUGGUCAUUGAUGAAAUACAAAUUGAAUUUCCUU